UGGAGACAGGACAUGGGCGUGGUUCGCGGGGGGGGGGUGUCCCUCGACCGGCGUUUCUAUGGCAACAGGAGAACUUCCGAUGGAGAAGGGAGAGGUAGCCUCCUCUUUCUCGUUGCUAUGGCGACCCUGCUUCUAAUCCGGAAAGAAAACACGUCAAAACCGGAAAUGUUCUGUAUGUGGAAGUAAGGGGCAAAGACAGCUGGAGAAUGGAGCGGAUCCCUGUGGCUACCUGCCUUACCGUGCUGCUUUCUUUGCUGGUCUCUGGGCCGGGCUUGUUGCAGUGGGGCUCGGAAGUGGCGCCCGAAGGCUCUGCCUUGUCGCUGCGGCCCGAGGCCGUGCGACAGUGGCAAGUUCAUAGGUUGGUGACCUACAUCUUUGUGUAUGAGGAUGUGAUCUCCUUGUUAUGUGGUGCUGUCAUCAUCUGGUACUUUGCCGGUGGCUUUGAGAAGAACAUGGGCACAGUGAAGCAUUUCUUCUGUACUGUGGCCUUUGCCAUUUCUUCAGGCCUGCUGUACCUUCUGCUUCGGGCCGUCAUAUCUGGACUGUUGGAGAUGGAAGAUGUCAAAGGAUUCACACCUGUGGCUUUUGCAAUGCUUGGCGUCUCCAUCACCCGUUCCCAAAUGAAAAGGACGCUGCUCUUUGGAGUCUACUUCCCUCUGUUACUUUUGCCAUGGCUCUUGCUUUGUGUGGCAUGCCUUAUUCCACACUCCUCUGUCCUGGGGAAUAUCUGUGGCCUCUUAAUUGGGGAAGCCUACGGCUACCGCUACUGUUUUGGCUUGGAUCUCCCCGAAUCGGCAAUCUCUCGUCUGGACCAGAAGUUCCCUUUCCGACUGCUGAAGAGAAUAAGGGGCCUGAAGUAUGUUCCAGGGUCUCUGGCAGAAAGAAGAGCUUCUCAGAGUAGAAAGCUAAAUCCAGCGCCAGGAUCUUAUCCCACUCAGAGUUAUCACAGUUCUCCUCCUCCUGCCUUGCCUGUCGUCCAAAUGAACCCCAGUUCUCAUGCCUUAGAAUCGUGGCCGCAGCACCCGCUGGGUCACCCACCCACCCUUGUGCCAAGUCCAACAUCUGGUGCCUUUAGAGACCUGUACGUCCACAACAAUUUCCACGGUCCCCCAGCAUCCGCCUCCUCCUUUCCCUUGGCUCAACCUCUGGGUGUGCAUGAUGUGCCAAAGACAACUGAUCAUACAGCAACUGGAAUCCACCAAGCGGCUGCAUUUCCAAUAACGGGAACUGCGUUGGGAUCAGCAGACCUUUGUCGUGUUCACAUGGGCUGACUCUGCAGUGGACCUCUGGAUUAUUAUUAUUUUUACUGCUUCCAGUGACCACUGUGAUUGGUGCUUCCUCCAGAGGAAAAAAUGGAUUUAAAGGUCUAUAAGAAAUUGGGCCCAGCAUAUCAUCUGGCAUCGAGUGGAUCUGUCCUUUUGACACUAUCAAUAGAUGUACUGUAUGAAGAGCUAAGAUGCUCUGUGGCUACUCCACAAGGGCGGUGCUUAAACUUCUUUUGGCUUUGGGUUUAUAGAGGGUCAGCUUUGAAGAAUCUGAAUGGGGUAGGAUUAUGUUGAUUUUUUUUUACUCUGAGUCUUCUGUGCAUGUGUCUCUCUUCCAUUGGCACCUGCCCUAAAUCUUUGAAAUGAAAUAGGAUAAAGAUGCACCAGUUGCAACAUGGAAUGGUAUCUAACAGGGCCUGAUGAAGAUCACCCCUCCCUCCGAUUAACCUGUUCUACAUCUUUCUUGCUCAGUGGUAGGGCCCUUUAUCAUAAUACUGUGAUUUAAGCCCACCAAGCUGCCUUAUUCUGAGUCAGACCCUUGGUUUAUCAAGGUCAGUAUUGCCUGCACUGAUUGUUAGCAGUUCUCUAGUUAGGAUCUUGCAUGUUGCCUGUUUUUCGAUCCUUUUAACUAGAGACUGGGACUUUCUGCAUAUAAAACAGAAGCACCACUGCUGAGACACAAGGCUGCUCCAGGAUUCUUUAGACUUCUUGCGAUGACUUUUAAUGGAGCCCAGUUCUUAUUUUAAUCAAAGGUGGGCAUUGGUAGGAUGAAGGUAUAUUGUCUGGUGCUUAAAUUAAUGCUCUGGGGCGAGUGAUUUCCCCAUAGCAGACAUGUUUGCAUCAUCUACCACAACCCUGGUCAACCCUGCAAAUCCUGGGUAAAAUUUAGAAAGGGGAAGGUUUGUAGAAUAGAGGUGGGCAGUUUACCCAUUCUUGACCUUCCGCUGCUUUAUACCUUGUUGGGAGCAUUAGUAUGCCAGGCUGCAGCAUCAGAGAGGGGGCAGAAGCUCCUUAAAAGCUGUUAAAAUGGUUCUAAACGGCUGUGUGCCAUUAAGAGCAGCCAAGGGGGGCCCUUCUAAGUCUACCUUCUCUUAAGGGUUCUAAGUUGGAGGCUGGAUUUUUUUUCUCCAUUUCCAGGCCUAAUCUCCUGGCUCCUGUUGCAGAAAAUGUGCCCCCCACCCCCACCCCACUGUGUGUGAUGAUUUGUCAGGGGUAAGUCGCUGGUUUUGUGCACUUAACCUUUUUUGUUAGCAAUUUAAUGAGCCCCUGGCCUAGGUGUGCACACCAAAGCGACAAACCCGUUUUCAGGCGGCUCAAGUAAUUACUAUAAAUGCUCUGAAAACUGCCUGCUUGCACUCCAGUGUCUAACAGUAAGUCUUUGAAGCACAGCACACUCCGGUCCACCAGCCUUUCCGCGCCUGAAGCGAGGCCACUGUUUGUCUUGUUUUUAUUUCCUGUUUCCCUCUAAGAAACUUACAUGGCCGUUCAUGGAUUUCCCUUCCUCCUUUUGGUCCUGGCUUCUUCUAGCCCAUGGGUAGUCCAGUGGUCCUUUGGAAGUCCAUCUUGUUUUAUUAAUUCUGCCUUAAAACACCAAGAACACUGUUCACGUGCAGUGCAAUCCAAACUGUUCGCCUCAAGAUUGUUGUGACAGUUAAAAGUAUUAAAAAAAAUGCCUGCUGUUUA